AUGCACAGCUACAGAGCCAUGCACCCGUACACCCACCACCCGUACCAGCACCACGCCGCCUCCGCCGCCGUUCCCCAUGCUGGUGGCAAGCAGCACGGCGGGGACGACGACGACGACCAGUCCAUGCUCCUCCUCUCCCUCUGGCCCCCCGGCCACCACCACGGCGGCAUCGCCGCCGCCUCCUCGGCGUGCUCGUCCUCCCCCUCCAUCACCUCCACCGCAACCUCCAUGUCCAUGGCCGCCGCGACCGCCGCUUCCUACCCGUGGCUCAGCCACCACAGCAGCCAUUACGGCGGAGGGGGCAGCAGCAGCAGCAGCACCCACAGCAGCUUCCUGUUCCACGAGCAGGCGGAGCCCGACGUGAGCAUAUCGCUCUCCAUCGCCCCGCCGUGCGGCAGCGCGGGCUUCGCCGCGCCGGCGGCGCCGUCGACGGUGACGACCGUGGCGCCGGGCGGCAGCCAGGUGCCCAGCCAGUACUGGAUACCCUCCGCCGCCGAGAUCCUCGUCGGCUCCACGCAGUUCUCCUGCGCCGUCUGCAACAAAACCUUCAACCGCUUCAACAACAUGCAGAUGCACAUGUGGGGGCACGGUUCGCAGUACCGCAAGGGGUCCGAGUCCCUGCGCGGCGCGAUCACGGUGGGCACGGCGCCGCCGGCGUCGCUGAUGCGUCUACCGUGCUACUGCUGCGCCGAGGGCUGCCGGAACAACAUCGAGCACCCGCGGGCACGGCCCCUCAAGGACUUCCGCACCCUGCAGACGCACUACCGCCGAAAGCACGGCGCGCGGCCGUACGCGUGCCGGCGGUGCGGCAAGCGGUUCGCCGUGCGCGGCGACUGGCGCACCCACGAGAAGAACUGCGGCAAGCUGUGGUUCUGCGUGUGCGGCUCCGACUUCAAGCACAAGCGGUCGCUCAAGGACCACGUGCGCUCCUUCGGCGGCGGGCACGCACCGCACAUCGUUGAGUCCGUCGCUGCCGAGGACGACGAGGAGGACGACGACGACCACGACGACGCCGACCUGCUGCAUCACAUGGUUGACGACAGCGGCAGCGGCGCCGGCGCCGACCCCACCGACAUGGUCGUCGUCUAG